AAAAAAAAAAAAAAACAAAAAGAUACCAUUGUCAAAGGAACUAAGGAAGUACAGAAGAUAUUAAUUAAUCUCCACUUACAAAAUAUUUGAAUGGAGAUCGUUCUAAUUCUGGGCAUUAAAACCUUACAAGAAAAGUCUUUCUAGUGAGCUCAGCUCAUAGAGUUUUUGAACAUUUUGGAGUCUAUCUUUUAUGGUUACCCAUCUGAACAAGUUAUUUCUGUGAAGGGCAGAGAUAGAGAAGAAGAAGAAGAAGAAAACGAAGACAGAAGAAAAAGAUAUGGGCUUGCAUGUGAAGCCAAAACCUUCUUCCUUAGUGUUAGUUCGUUGCUGGUUGUGCCUCUGCUUCAUUUUUCUCUCACUUGACAGUUCCAAUGCUCAAAAUGCUACUACGGACCCAGCUGAAGACAGUGGAGGCACUGAACUCAAUAUUCAAACAAUGGGAUAUUGAAUCAGUGCCAUUGUGGAAUAUAAGUGGAGAGCCUUGUAGUGGAUCUGCUAUUGAUGAGUCUGAGUUUGAAGCUCCUGAUAACAAUCCUGCUAUCAGAUGUGAUUGUGGCUACAACAAUGGUGCUACUUGCCACAUAACCAGAUUGAGGGUGUAUAAUCUGAACAAACGAGGGGUGAUUCCAGAAACACUUCUAGUUUUGAAACAUCUAAUUUUUCUGAAAAUUGACAGAAAUUACUUCACGGGUCCCUUGCCUGCAUUUAUUGGAAAUUUAACAUCAUUAAAGACUCUGUCAAUUGCUCAAAAUGCAUUUUCUGGGACCAUUCCAAAGGAACUUGGAAACCUUAAGGAGCUAACCUUAUUCUCUAUUGGUGUAAAUGAUUUCACUGGAACACUCCCUCCAGAACUGGGUAAUUUAGUCAAGCUUGAGCAAAUGUACAUUAACAGUUGCGGAUUAAGUGGUGAAAUUCCCUCGACAUUUGCCAACCUCAAAAGGCUGAGAAUCAUGUGGGCAUUCGACAAUCCUUUCACAGGCAAGAUACCAGACUUCAUUGGGAAUUGGACUCAGCUUACAACAUUGAGACUUCAGGGCAAUUCUUUUGAAGGUCCAAUUCCAUCUACCUUUUCUAAAUUGGUCUCAUUGAGUUCUUUAAGAGUCAGUGAUUUAUCCAAUGUGAGCUCUACGCUUGAUUUUAUCAAGAAUAUGAAGAACUUGACUGACUUGAAUUUGAGGAAUGCAUUGAUCACGGGUACGAUCCCACCUAAUAUUGGAGAAUUCCGAGUGUUGAAAACAUUGGAUUUAAGCUUCAACAACUUAACAGGAGAAAUUCCAAGUGCUUUGUUCAGUAUGAGCUCUCUUGAGUUCCUAUUUCUUGGAAAUAAUAGUCUGUCUGGAGCCCUACCUAAUGAGAAGAGUGGUAUUCUUCAAACUAUUGAUUUAUCUUACAAUCAUCUUACAGGAAGAUUUCCUUCAUGGGUAAACUCAAAUCUACAAUUGAACCUAGUGGCCAACAACUUUGUAUUUGACAACUCAAAUAUAAGCAUUUUGCCAAGGUUGAACUGUUUGCAGAGAAACUUUCCUUGCUAUAGGAAUACUCCACGAUAUGCAAAUUUUGCAAUCAAGUGUGGUGGCCCAGAGAUGAGAGCUAAUGGCAUAGUUUAUGAGGCUGAAAAUUCAUCCAUGGGUGCAGCAUCAUUUGAUGUAACCACUAGUGAAAAGUGGGCAGUCAGCAUUACCGGCUUGUUUGCUGAUAGACAGAAUCCAACAUAUGUUGAAGACACAUUGUCACAAGUGACCAGCACUAAUACCCCAGAUUUUUAUCUGACUUCGAGGGUAUCCCCUGGUUCAAUUAGAUACUAUGGCCUAGGCCUUGAAAAUGGGCCUUAUACCAUAAGCUUAUUAUUUGCAGAAACCUCAUUGAAACAUAGAAGUUCACAAAUUUGGGAGAGUGUUGGUAGGCGUGUUUUUGACAUCUAUAUUCAGGGAAGCCGUGAGUUGAAGGAUUUUGACAUAUCAAAGGAGGCAGGUGGGGUUGAGAUAGCAAUUACAAGGGAUUUUAAUGCUACUGUUUCUGAUAACCAUCUCGAAAUUCACUUGUUUUGGGCUGGUAAGGGGACAUGCUGCACUCCCAUACCGGGCAAUUAUGGACCAAUUAUUUCAGCUUUGAAUGUUGUUCCAGGUUUUACACCAACUGUUAGCGGAAGACCACUGGGUACUCGGCAGAAGAGCAGGCAAGGAUUGAUCAUUGGUAUUUCUGUCUCUGCUGGAGUCAUGAUCUUCAUUUUAAUAUUUGCAAUUUUUUACAUAAAAAGACGAGCAGACAGUAUUGAUGAGGAAGUGCUUUCUGGAUUAGGCCCUAGACCGAAGACUUUUAGUUACAGUGAAUUGAGAAUUGCCACAGAAGACUUUAGUCCCUCAAAUCAGCUUGGAGAAGGGGGAUAUGGACCUGUAUACAAGGGUACACUUUCUGAUGGCAGAACAGUAGCUGUUAAGCUACUUUCCCUUGCAUCAAAUCAGGGGAAGAGUGAAUUCAUAACGGAGAUUGCUACCAUUUCUGCAGUUCAACAUCGGAACCUUGUGAAGUUGUAUGGAUGUUGCAUUGAAGGAAAUAGACGGCUCUUGGUAUAUGAAUAUCUUAAAAACAAGAGCGUAGAUCAGGCAGUCUUUGCUACCCAUGCAGGAAAAACUGGCUUGCGACUUGACUGGCCAACCCGCUUUAAUAUAUGCUUGGGAACUGCUAGAGGACUAGCCUAUCUUCAUGAGGAGUCAAGGCCAAGGAUCAUCCAUAGAGAUGUGAAGGCAAGUAACAUUUUGCUUGAUGCAGAACUCAGCCCCAAAAUAUCAGAUUUUGGAUUGGCAAAGCUGUUUGAUGAAAAGGAAACCCACGUCAGCACUCGUGUCAAAGGAACCAUUGGUUACAUGGCACCGGAGUAUGCAAUGCGUGGACAUCUUACAGAGAAGGCUGAUGUUUUUAGCUAUGGAAUUCUUGCUUUAGAAAUCCUCAGCGGAAUACCAAAUUAUGAAAACAACUUGGUUGAGGAAAAGAUAUACCUUCUUGGAUGGGCUUGGUCUCUGCAUGAAAAUAAUCAAAGUUUGGCAUUGGUGGAUCCAAGCUUAAUGGGUUUUGAUGAAAAUGAAGCUCUUCGAGUUAUACGAGUUGCCCUCUUAUGCACUCAAGCGUCACCAACAUUGCGGCCGACAAUGUCACGUGUUGUGGCAAUGCUUGCUGGGGACGUUGAAGUAAGUGCUGUUAUGUCAAAACCAAGCUACUUGAGUGAUUGGGAUCCUCAGGAUAUACAUUGUGGCUUCUCGUAUGAAAAUACUAGAACAUUUACUAAAUCUACGAGUAGUAGCAACCCAAAGAAUGAAAGUGAUCAGGACAAUUCAAUUAAUCUUUGUCCAGGGAUUGAAUCAAUAUCUCCACCGAAUUUCUCUGAAACAAAUCUUAGUGAUCUCAUUGGGAAAGGAAGGUGAGUGGAUUGCUGAAGGAUAGACAUGUACAGCUAUAGCAUCCAAACUAGUGGUUCUUUUUUUUUCUUGUGUUUUUGAAAGAACCAAAUUUCAACUUCCCACGACCUUUUAUUGUUUAUGGUUCAUGGCUCUUGUUGAAGCACAAGGACACUGACGAGUGGGGGAAGACUAGAGGAACAUAAAGAGAAUGAAAAGUAAAAAGGGGAGGAAAUAUAAUUUUGAAUUCUUGCUUUGUCGACUUUUGUUUUACAUCAAGAAAGAGAAUAAAUUUAUUUGUAAAGGAAAAAUAGACAAUGUUAGUUGAAAGUGUUCUUUAUAUCAGCAUAUGAUAAGUGUACUCUUACAGUUGCAGACUGUAAUUUUUAUAUAAUUGUUUCACUUUUAAAUAUGCGAGUAGGAUUUUCCCCAUUGACGAACGGUUAGUUCUUAUUUACCA